AUAGGCCCUACUGUUUAGUGAUUCUGUAUGCACCUGAAGAGCAGAUUUUGAUAUAUAGAUCUAGAUCUAGGGCCCUAACAAAAACUUCUUUAUUAAUGGAUCAAGAUUUUGGGGAGAAAAAAUUGUUUGGUCGCAGAGAGAGAGAGGAAAGCAAUCAAGCUAUAGCUAUACAUACAAGUGUAUAUUAUAUAUAAAACAUUGUAUAUAAAUUUUUAAAAUUAUAAUAAUUUUUGGCCAGAAACGAUUUGUUCACUUGGUUUAGACAUUUUUAACUGCAAAGUCUACCCUACGUCCGGCCUAGCAACUUUAAUUAAGCUACUGAUCUACUUCCGGUGAACUGAGAAGGAAACGAACAAGACGAGGAAUUUUGGGAGUUUCCACUUGGAAUUUAUUCAGUUAUUUUGUUUUAAUGGAUGGCUGAUAAGAAAACUGUAGGCCUAAACACUAAAACUGUCACUUUAGAAACCUGUGAUCGAACAGCUUUAUGUUCAUUGGUAUUUGGGUGCGCUCGUCUCCACUUUUGAUCGAUGGAUGAGCCAACGGAUUUGUCUGUUGGGGCAGUAGGCCUAGCAGACGGGGUGCAUACCAAACAUGAGAUCGACUCCCCGAUGUCUGCUGGGUCUGUUUCGGAACAGACUGUCGAAGAUAGUCCAAAUAUGAAAGAGGAAGAAACUUAUAAAUCUAGAUCUAGUCCUGGUGUUGAAGGGCAGCAGUUGUCGAGAAAUGAUGGAAUCAAUCAUGGAGCUUUAGUCAUGCAAAUGAAACCUGGCAUUGAUGGACACGACUUUGAAACAGAAAUCCGUCUUCAUCAAGUAUCGAACGAAUGGGUUCCUUCUUCGAAAGGGUCAAAUAAAGGUGCUAAAAAUGAUCAAAAGACUUAUAAGUUUACAUCAGAUAAUGAUAGUGGCAAUAGUUAUUUCUCCCUGUGCCAGAAUGUCACAGGAACUAUGAACACUGAUAGCAAGAAUAUAAAUGGUGACUGUGGUCAAGGGAAAACUCAAACUCUCACUGAUAGCAGUGGUGAGCUUAUCCAAAUUGUGAAAACAGAACCGCUAUCUGACUGCGAAGAUGAAGUGCAACCGGAAGUUGAGAAUUUCGUAAAACAAGAAGUGUCAGAUUUGGAGAGUCCAGAUUUCUCAGAGAUAGGAAAGACAGAAAGACAAGAAGUUGGAGAUGCGGAGGACCAGAUGUGUGUUGAUCCUACGUCGGGUGAGGAUCACAUCAGUCAGGCUGGCAAACACCAACCACAAGUCUCCAACUCAAAUAGCUCGUGUAAGAAUCAGAGUUCAAACCCAGUCACCCCUGCUGCUGCAUCCAGUAGUUCGACUUUGUCUGCCCAUCCAGCUCUGCUCAGUCUUUUAGAGCGCAGAGUCACAAGUUCUGGCCCUGCGUGGAAUCAAGAUCAUAAUUUAAGUGGUGUGAACGAUGCCUUGACAGGUGGUCUCAAACCAGCCCAAGAGAAACUGGUCCAGAAACGACGCGACGACAUCUUAAGUUGUACUCUGGAGACGAAGCAAACGGCUCACCAACGGAAAGUCAACAACGUGCUCCGAGACGUGGCUGCCUCUGGGGAUGUCCGAGCUGCCGUGAAGUCCUUGGACCUCCAACAGCCCAGCGCCGCGGAGAAUAAGCAGUUCAUGUGGAGUAAAAGUCUCAUUGAUACGUGCCACUUGUAUUUGAUACGUUCUUCCGCGAUGAAGGCGACGGCUGCGAGCGACGAAUCGGAGAAAGAUGGCCGUGAGGCUGUGCCGAAGGAUGUUUCUGACGAUAACAGCAGCAACGGUGUUGUGGAAGAUACGUAUAAAGUUGUGAAAUGUUGCAUGAGCGGGCGUUGCCACGUGGAGAACCCCGCAGAGUGUAGUGGGAAGAAAGAGUCGGACUCUAACUGUGGCGGUUCAGGUUUGAACCUCAGUUUACCCGCGGUGAAGGAAAAACCGUUCACAUGUGAUUUUUGCGGGAAGCGUUUUUCGUGCAGCGGCAACUUGAAGAGUCAUCGGAGGACGCACACGGGGGAAAAGCCGUACCCGUGCGACAUAUGUGACUUGCGGUUUGCACGCAGCACGGACCUGGUGCGGCACAGGAGAACACACUUGACCGAAAAGCCCCACAAGUGCGAUGUGUGCGGCGAAUGUUUUGCCAAAGUUCAGGAGCUGCAGAGACACUACCGAAGACAUACGGGGGAAAAACCGUACAAGUGUGACAUGUGCGAUUUCAGCUGUCGGAAGAAUAAGGAUCUCGUUCUGCACAGAAGGAAGCAUACGGGUGAAAAACCGUACAAAUGCGAAGUUUGCGACGUGAAGUUUGCGCGGAGGUCGUACCUGGUGGUUCACCAGAGAAGACACACGGGCGAAAAGCCUUUCAUCUGCGAUAUUUGUGAUGUGGGGUUCGCUCAUAAAAACACGCUGCAGAACCACAGGAGGUUACACUUCGGAGAAAAACCGUACAAAUGUGAAAUUUGUGAUGCGGGGUUCGCACAGAAAUCUGGACUCGUGUGCCACAAAAGGAAACACACGGGGGAGAAGCCUUACAUCUGUGAGAUGUGCAACGUAGGGUUUGCACACAAGAAAAACUUGCAGAAUCACAGGCAGUUACACCUGGGAGAAAGGCCGUUCAAGUGUGAGGUGUGUGGGGAGGGGUUCACAAACAGGAGCAUUUUGCAGAGUCACAGUCGGACGCACAGUUUAGAAAGACCUUUUUUGUGCGACAUUUGCGGUGUCGGCUAUAAGUGGAAGAACACGCUGAAAAUUCAUAAAAUGAAGCACUUGAAAGAAAAACAGAAGGUGUAAAGUUUGUGGUUACUGGUGAGUGUGUGGUGCAUAAAAUUUGUGGUUUUGUGGUUACAAAUAUGUGAUAAUUUGAUAAGGAAGUGUCUACGUACUCCCCGAUUGGGGUCUACGUAGUCAUGGUGUCUAGGUGGACCCCAAAAAUGUUGGAUUG